UCCGCCGUCAUGCUGCCGGGCUCAAUCCAGAUAACGGGCGAGGCGCUGUCCGGGGCGGAGAUCAGGGACAUCUGUGAGAGUCUGAAGGAGAACAGCGUCCGGCUGCUGUCCGUGCGGGGCUGCCAGCUGUCUGACCGGGACUUCGGCCGGGUGUGCCGCGGCGUGUCCGAGUCGCGUUCGCUGGCGCAGCUCAACCUGAACCUCGGCGUGGUGUCCAGCGGCAGUCGCGCCAAGCAGCUCGCGGACGCGCUCGAGGCCAACAGAUCCAUUCAGACGCUUUUUCUGCAUGGAAGCCCUCUUUUAGAUGCAGGGUUGGUCACCCUGAAUACAGCGCUGUCAACGCACCCUUCGCUGGUGUCCUUGGAUCUGGGGGAUUGUAUGUUGGGAGAUGAGGCAGUUCAGCUGAUCUGUGGCAUGCUGCCUCCAGACGGAGCCAAAUCUGGUCUUAGGGAGUUGACCUUGAGCGCAAACCCAGCAAUCACCACCAAGGGCUGGGCUCGACUGGCCAUCGCUGUGGCCCAUAGCUCCCAGCUACGGGUCCUUAAUUUGGACUACAAUCCCUUAGGGGACCAGAUUGCCGGAAUGUUGGCUGUUGCUGUGGCUUCUAGCCGGACUCUAGAAGUUCUAGACUUGGAGGGAACAGGGCUCACAAAUCAAUCAGCACAGGUCUUCCUGGACAUGGUGGAGAACUACCCCACGUGCCUGCGUGUGCUGGUGCUGGCCGAGAACGCCAUCAGCCCCGAGCUGCAGCAGCAGAUAUCCGACUUGCUGUCCGAAGGCGAGGACGACGAUGACAAGGAGGCCGAAGCCCGCGGCAGCUCUGUAGCGCCCAGAGAGAAGCCUGCGUGGCUCCCUCACAGCAGCUCCAACUCCCAGAUGGUCCUGAUGACAUCAGGACUGGGUGAGAGCUUUUUGGCAGAGACAGAGAUGUGAUAACUGGAGCUGCCUUUGGUUUUAGGUUUGCACUGCACGCCGCUACCGCCAGACCACCUGUUAGCGUGCAACCACUCAUACUGCAUGACCUGUAGCACUUAGCGGUAGACCGUUUGAAGCUGGCACAAAAUAAAAACCUCGAUCACCAAGUGACUUAUGAUACUCUAUAGUGAAUUAUUUAUUUUCCAGAUGUACAGAUUAUUUAUAAGCAGCUAUUUAAGCAGCCACAGUGUACUCUUCAUUUGAACAGCUAUGUAGGAUUGUUGUGAUGGCCUGAUGUCUGAAUAAAUCUAUUUACAACUUU